CCCCAGCGUGCCAGCCUUCUGGAGCUCCCAGCAGCUGCGACUCUGCAGCCCAGUGCCAAUGCGCCGACCGAACGCGCCUGCACGUGUAGCCCCAAUUUAACCCCCGUGGGAAUGAGGAGGCUACCUGGGCCCUUGUUGGCGACCACCACCUUCAAAGCGCGGCCGCCGAGAGUGCCUCAGGGCACAUCAGCAUCAUGGCCGCUGCGGUCCCGACUUAGGACGGCCUGCCUGUCGACAACGACGACGCCGUCGCAAGCAGAUUCUCCCGAAGACAAACCACGAACGCAACCUUUUCGCUUCGAGACCGGCGUCUCCCUCUUCGCCAAGCGAGCGCCGCGGCCUUUUCCGCCACCGUUCCUCUCCCCUCCGUCGGGCUCCUUCUCGGAUCCGCUCAGCACUCAUCACCGAAGCCGCGAUCGGCGCGCGAGAGUCGACGGACAAAUCAUCCUCGGUCAGACGAACGGAGACGAUGCAGUAUUCGCCAGCGAGAACUUCAUUUGCGCGAAUGAUGGUGUUGGCGCUUGGUCAACACGCCCCAGGGGCCACGCUGGUCUCUGGUCUCGCUUGAUACUUCAUUACUGGGCAAAGGCUGUUCAGCAAGAUGCUACCAAUCCUCGUUCCGAAGGAGACGUCUACAAGCCCGAUCCAGUUGCAUAUCUUCAGACGGCUUAUGAGCAGACCCUGAAAGCGACUUCGGACCCGAACGACUGGCAGGGCACUACGACAGCGAGUGGAGCGCUGUUGCACUACAAAACACUUGAAGGCAGCGAGAAGGUCCCUCAGGUCUAUGUCACCAAUCUUGGCGAUUGUCAAGUCAUGAUCCUCCGGCCAAGGCACGAAAAGGUUGUUUACAAGACCAAAGAACAGUGGCACUGGUUCGACUGCCCGCGCCAGCUGGGCACCAACAGCCCCGACACCCCGAACACUGAAGCAGUCCUGGACAUUGUGGAAAUACAAGUCGGGGAUGUGGUUCUCGCCAUGUCGGACGGUGUCAUCGACAACCUGUGGGAGCAUGAGAUUGUCGACAGCAUUCAGAACAGCAUACAACGCUGGGAGAAUGGAGAAUGCGGGGGCAACAGAGUCGAGGGCGACCGGACGGGCGGCGCAAACGGGGGCAUGAAGCUCGCUGCCGAGGAGUUGGUCGCAGCCGCGAAGAAAAUUGCGACGGAUCCAUUUGCGGAAAGCCCCUUUAUGGAGCAUGCCAUUGAGGAAGGACUGCCCAGCGUUGGAGGCAAACUCGAUGACAUUAGCGUUGUCGCUGCGCUAGUGAGGAAACAGGAAGCAUGA